AUGCCUUUGGUUAUUCCUCUUUUAUUUCUGUCUUGUGUCUUGCUCACAAUUUAUACAGAAUCUGGCUUCCAUACACCAGAACGUCAAAUUCACGACCAUUCUGAUAUUAAUCUUGCUGAUCUUCAUAAAUAUUCACCAAG